AUGAAACGCACUUGCAAGUUGAAAAAGCGUGAUCACAUACUUAUGCACUUUGAGCAGGCUGCGAAAUCUUAUUCCAUUGCUGAAUUUGAUUGUCAUUUUCGCAACAUCAAGCGAAAGGAACAUGUUGCUCAAUAUCUUGAAGAGGCAGGGUUACAUAAGUGGUCUAGAGCUCACAUGGAUGGACGCCGCUACAAUGUAAUGACAACAAAUAUUGUGGAGUCAAUCAACUCAGUCCUUAUGUUUGCAAGGAUGCUGCCAGUGGUUCAUUUGAUAGGGGAAAUUGUUAAUCUCCUUGUGAAAUGGUUCACCGAACGUCGUGAGUUGGCUUUGAAUUGCACAACAACAUUGUGCCCCAAUUUAGGAGAGAAGAAGUUGAGGAACAGGUUGGAGGAUACUGCAAGGAUGAAUGUGGUUAAAUUAAAUAAUGCACAGUUUAAUGUUUUGGACGGUGAUAAGGACGGCCUCGUAGAUUUGACGAACAACAGUUGUAGUUGUAGAAAGUUUCAGCUUGAGCAGCUACCUUGCAAGCAUGUAGUUGCAGUUUGCCGCUUCUUGAAAGUAAAUGUAUACUCAAAGGCUUCUCGGUAUUACACUCGGAAAACCUGGAUGGAUGUUUAUUCGGAUACCAUCUACCCGGUACAACGUCACGGAAUGUGGGAUAUUCCUGAAGAUGUUCGAAGUCGAGUUGUGCUGCCUCCCAUGGCAAGGGUCAUGUCAAGCAGACGAAAGAAGAUAAGAAUUCCCUCGCAAGGAGAGGGCACCAUUAGAAGAAAGUGCUCAAGGUGCGGUUCCGCAGGCCACAAUAAAAGCACCUGUAAAAACAAUAUUCCAUUGCGCAAUGUAUCUUAG